AUGGGACACAAACAUUCAAAAACACCAACAACAACAACAACCACUUCAAACAUGCAACCAACUCCUUCCCAAUCCCAACAUCAAGAUCCAAUCAUUGCCACAGCCCAAAAUCCACAACCUGCUCAACAUUAUUACUAUGUCGUCGAAGCCAAAGAUGAUGAAUUUUUAGAAGCCCACGAAGCCAGUGCCUCGUUAAGUAUGUCCAUUUGUCUCUCAUUGCUCUUUAGUUUAUUUGGGUGUUUCUUGAUGAGUUGUUUUCCAUUUUGGUUUACCUAUCUCAAUUAUAGAGACUCUCCAAGUCAGAGAGCCAAACGAAUUGCACGAAUUUCGCAAGGAACGUGUUGGAUAUUGACCGUCAUGAAUAUCUUGUUUAUUGCAGCGGGGCUGAUUGUUGCAAUUAUAGUACCUCCUGUGGUGGCCUAUGCUUGA